ACACAAGUCACGGCACUUUCGCAUUUGUCCGCCAUGUCGAAGCCCAACCCUUUCGCGAGACUUUUCCAACGGUACUAUUCUCAAUUCCCGACAGCCGUCCGAACGCCUUCCGCGACCCCAUUGCGACGAGCUCCGCAAUGUUAUCGCGAACGAUUCGUUGCUGAGCUCAAGCUUCAUCGUCACCAGUUUCGACGACAAUUCGCCAGCAGCCCAACCCCGCGAUCGAACAAUGGGGGCCUCGACCCGAACUUCGUUUCUAUCCUCGACAAACCAGCAAAGAUGGCUCGUGUGGGCAAACAACACGGACCUGGGCUAAUCAUUCUCGCCAUCAUACCAAUAACAGCCUUCUGCUUGGGAUGCUGGCAGGUACAGAGGUUGGGAUGGAAGGCAGACUUGAUUGCGCGAUUCGAUGACCGUCUUACAUUCCCCCCCUUGGAACUCCCUCUGCGAAUAGACCCAGACGCUAUCAAGGACUUCGACUACAGGAAGGUGUGGGCCAAGGGUAAACUGCGGCACGAUCAGGAGAUGCUCGUCGGACCACGAAUGCUGGAGGGCGAAAACGGGUACAUCGUGGUGACCCCACUGGAGCGAACAGAUGAGAAUGGAAGGACUAGCAAGAUAUUGUGCAACCGGGGCUGGAUCAAAGCAGAUGCAAAGAAACAAUGGUUCAGGAAACAGAACGGUGCAUUGCCCGAGGGCGAGAUCGUGGUAGAAGGAUUGUUGAGAGCACCACCGAAAAAGAACAUGUUCACACCGAUCAACCACCCUGAGAAAGGUGAUUGGUUCUUCCCGGACGUGCAGCAAAUGGCAGAUUGGACUGGAAGCCAAGCUGUUUGGGUCGAGGAGAGCAACCAGCGCCGGAUCUACUUGUGUCGUAUGAAAGGGAGCCAAAGGGCAUACCGAUUGGAAGGCCCGCCGCUGUGAACUUACGGAACAACCAUACGCAAUACAUCUUCACUUGGUAUGCGUUAAGUCUCGCCACCUCUGUGAUGCUCUGGAUGGUGGUCAAAAAACCUCUGUCAGGCACACAGCGCCGCGUCAGACAUAGUACUGAAUGGUCCUGAGUCAGGCGUGCUCCUCCUGUUCGUCGUCUUCUACCACCGUUUGCAUUCGCUUUCUCUUUGCCCUUUUGGCUUUCUGGACAGGCUCCAUACGCAAUUCUUGGAGUAGCUCUCGUGGCAGCAUCUUCUGUGCCAGCGAGAAUGAUGUAGUAUUAUUCGUGAUCUGGCGCUGC